AUGGACCAAUAAACAGAGGAAACAUUGAAUUUAGGAAUUGAAGUUCAAGUGUGUGAUCCCAUUGUAAAGAAAGAUGGACUAAAGAAUUAUGUAGUUUACACACUCAAAGGUUAAGAUAAAGAGGGCCAAUUUUGUGUAGUGCGUCGAUUCAAUGAAUUUGAUUGUUAUAGAAUAACUCUUCAAAUACGAUGGCCUGGAUGCUAUGUCCCUCCUUUACCUAUAAAGAAACCAGUCGGAAAUAUGGAUUAAAAGUUCAUUGAUGAGAGAAUGCAUUAUCUCAAUCUUUUUAUGGGGAAGAUAUCAACAAUUAAUCAUUUAUGGUAUUCUGAAGAAACUAAAGUAUUUAUAAAAGCCGGUGGCGAUAUUGAAAAACAAUUAGUUGCAUUAUAAAAACCAUCUGCUGGUGAUAUCAUCUACAAAUACGAAACAAUAUUCAACGAUUUUUCAGGCAAGGAGAUCAAUGAUCAAUUACUCUCUAAGAUUGGCAAUUUCUCUUUGUUCUUAAAGAGGAUUUAACCAUAAUUAGAAACCUUUUAAUAAUAAGCCAAAUAACUUGUUCAAUCGAGGUUACAAUGUCAAGAUAAUAUGAAUCUAUUAUUGGACUAUUUAAUGCCAGAAUAUGAAAAGAAUUGUUUAACCGAAUAUGUUGUGAAUCCAGAGAAUAAACUUGUGUUUGUUUAACAUAACACAGAUUUAUACCAAUAAUAUCGAGCAGCCAAUGAAAAGAGUGCUCUGGACAAUUUUGCAUUGUCUAUCAAAAUAGAAACUAGAGACAUUGAUGCUGUGCUUGAUGCUAUACUAUGUAAGGAUAAAUAUGAGUAAAUUAAACAAAACUAUAUGACUAAAUUAUGUAGUUUGAACAAUGAGAAAAAAGACAUUGAAAAUGGUAAAACUACAUUGAAAUCUUUAUUCAAUUCAAAUAAGGAAGAAUUCAUCUAAAAAACAUAGCAAUAAAUUGAUAAUAUCCAAAAAGAGAUUGAACAAUUAACUAUCUUAUGUGAUAUGAUAACCAUAAUCCUUGGAUAUAUCAUUCUGCCUAGAUAUAAACAAGAGAAAGAGAAAAAUUAUUACUAAUUAUUAAAACAGAUGGCACAAUAUUAAGUUCAGAAAGCUUAAGCAGAGAGGAAUUAUUGGUUAGAUUUAGAUAAGAAUCAAAUGUUUACGGAGGUUUGA